CUUACAAGGCUGUCGAUUGUCUAAACCCAAUUGGGUCUAAUAGCUCAUAUAUGCUGGGAAGGAAACUCGGGAAAGUAGCUUUGUACUCUCCAGGCAAUAGAGAGCUUAUGCAACCAGCCAGAGCAACCCGGGGCCUAAUAGUAACUUAUGCGGGUAACAAAUAGGCUGACUGGUCUAAGCUUCUACAGGUAUCUAUCUGGUGUACGUCUACGUCGCCCAGCAUUCGCCCUGCCCAUUUCAUCGUCACCAUCAUCUCACGCUCUCUCUUAAGUAAUACGACACUUUCUCGUUGAUCCCUGAAGCCUCUAUUUCUUCUCUCCUACGCACCUCAUUGCUUCCGACCGCCUUUCUACGUACAGCCUCAAACCCGUUUAACCGUCUUCGCUGCGUCGGCCGCCAAUAUGCCUUCCGCCACGGGGUCGAACUGGGAGAAGUAUAAGAAGAACUUUGCGGAUGACGAAAUAGAAGAGAAAAAGAUCCAGCCUCUAUCUGACGAAGAUAUCCAAGUACUCAAGACCUACGGCGCUGCACCUUACGGAACGUCACUCAAGAAGCUAGAGGCUCAGAUCAAGGAGAAGCAACAAAGCGUAGAUGAGAAGAUCGGUGUCAAGGAAUCCGACACGGGACUCGCCCCGCCACACCUAUGGGAUGUCGCCGCCGAUCGGCAACGCAUGUCCGAGGAGCAACCAUUACAGGUGGCACGAUGUACUAAGAUCAUUGCGGACGAGAAGGACGAGUCAAAGAGCAAAUAUGUCAUCAACGUCAAGCAAAUAGCCAAGUUCGUCGUCCAACUGGGCGAGCGUGUCUCGCCUACCGAUAUCGAAGAGGGUAUGCGUGUCGGCGUCGACCGCAACAAGUACCAGAUCAUGCUUCCCUUACCUCCCAAGAUCGACGCGAGCGUUACUAUGAUGACGGUUGAAGAGAAGCCAGAUGUCACGUAUGGCGAUGUGGGUGGGUGCAAGGAGCAGGUAGAGAAGCUAAGAGAAGUCGUCGAGAUGCCGUUGUUGUCGCCUGAACGGUUCGUCAACUUGGGUAUCGAUCCCCCGAAGGGUGCCCUGCUGUAUGGACCUCCCGGUACUGGAAAGACCCUGUGCGCUCGUGCAGUUGCGAACCGAACAGACGCCACAUUCAUUCGAGUCAUCGGUAGCGAACUGGUCCAGAAGUACGUGGGCGAGGGUGCCAGAAUGGUUCGAGAGCUUUUCGAGAUGGCGAGGACGAAGAAGGCGUGUAUCAUCUUCUUCGACGAAAUCGAUGCUGUCGGUGGUGCUCGAUUCGACGACGGUGCUGGUGGAGACAACGAAGUCCAGAGAACCAUGUUGGAGCUGAUCACACAACUGGACGGGUUCGAUGCCCGAGGAAAUAUUAAGGUCAUGUUCGCCACCAAUAGACCGUCGACACUGGAUCCUGCCUUGAUGCGGCCGGGCCGUAUCGAUCGAAAGAUCGAGUUCUCUCUCCCCGACCUCGAGGGAAGGGCGAACAUUCUCCGCAUUCACGCCAAGAGUAUGUCAGUCGAGCGAGACAUCCGAUGGGAGCUCAUCUCGCGUCUCUGCCCCAACGCCACGGGUGCCGAGUUGCGAAGUGUAUGUACCGAGGCCGGUAUGUUCGCCAUCCGCGCCAGGAGAAAGGUGGCUUCCGAGAAGGACUUCCUAAGUGCCGUCGACAAGGUCAUCAAGGGCAACCUCAAAUUCAACUCAACAGCCACAUAUAUGCAGUACAAUUAAAGAUGCGUUAUCCCGUGCGCUUACGGGGGCUGUGCUUGUUUGGAUGUAUGAGUAUGGGCGAAAUGAAAUCAAUGGCGCUGGGCUGGAUCCUCAUUCUUAGAGACGGCACGGUAGCACAGAUGAAUAGAACAGUAAUGAAUCAAAG